AUGUCUAUAGACACCUCUCCCACCAUAAUCCCCUAUAUCCAGACUUUCGAUCCUGAAGCUCCCUCGACACACAAAAAGCCCAAAAUGUCCGCAGAAGAAACCCCCUGGCACGCCGCCUUCCCCUCACCCCGCACAACAAACCCAGCCUCCCUCCCGCGCUCAACAGUCCUGCAAUGGCUGAAAGAGGGCACCAAAAUACCAGGAGCAGACUUCCUCCUCGUCGACCUGCGCCGUACAGAUUUCGAGGGCGGCACGAUCCGCGGCUCGCUGAAUCUUCCUGCCCAGAGCCUCUAUCCGACCUUGGGCACGCUGUAUAGUCUUGUGCGCAAGGCGGGAGUUCGGGAUGUGAUUUUUUACUGUGGAUCGUCUGCUGGGCGGGGCACGCGGGCGGCAGGCUGGUUUGCGGAUUAUCUAUCUGACAAGGGCGUCUCAGAGGGUGAUGUGAAGAGUUGGAAGUUGGAGGGUGGGAUCAAGGGGUGGGUUGCUGCAGGGGAUCAGUAUACGGCGCUGAUGGAUGGGUAUGACGAGAGUGUGUGGAAGAAAUGA